GAGCAAGGAAAUGGCUUUUACUGUAAAUUAUGGAAUUCUAUUUGUAGCAUAAGACGAGUUAUUAUCCAUUUUUAAAAACCACGUUCAAUCCAUCUUGAUCGCGCAUGCAUAAUCGACGAGUUCCUUUCAUAUCUGUACAACUGUAUCGAUAAUUAUCUGUCGUCGCCGGUCGGUCACGAUGACAGUCACUGUGACCAUAUUUAACUAAUGAAUGAACUGCAAACAUUUGUAUUGUUGCACUAGAAGCUGACGGAUUUAACAGUGGUUGUAGUGUUAGUUUAUGGAAAUUGGACGUGCUUGCUCAAUGAUCGCGUGACAAUCGACGGUCGACGGUUUUAAUUUGAGAAUAUUUGUAGGUUGCAGCCAUUCGCGCAUGAUACAAAGAUCUAAAUGCAUGUGGUGUUAAGGAACAAUUAAUACAAUUAUAAAGGCUAGUUUGGAUUAUAUAGUCAUGGAUUAUAUAGAUACGGCCAGAUCAGUUGAAGAUCGUCUUGCGAGCUACAGAAAAGACGAAUCCGGAUGGAAAAUAUGCAAGAAAACUAAUGACGUCGUGGUGUAUUGGCGACCCUCUAGUGAAUUCCCGGGGAAUGUGUAUAAGGGGGAGGGGAUUGUCAGUGGCAGUCCAGAGAAAGUAUGGGAUUGCUUGAAACCUGAAAUCAAUGGACUUCGUGUGAAAUGGGACGCAAAUAUAAAAAAGUUUGAGCUACUUGAGCAGGUGUCUGGGGAUGUUAUGGUCUGUCGAACUGCAACUCCAUCAGCAGCUAUGGGUAUUAUAUCGCCUCGAGACUUUGUCGAUGUAAUUUCCAUCAAGCACGAUGAGGACGGCACAGUGUCAUCAAAUGCUACCAAUGUAUGCCAUCCAAACUGUCCUCCGCAACCAAGGUACGUCAGAGGCUUCAAUCAUCCGUGUGGCUGUACCUGUGUUCCAAUUCCUGGGGAGCCAGGAAAAACGCAGCUGUUCAGCUUUUUUCAGACCGAUCUUGGAGGUUUGCUUCCCCGCUCAGUUGUUGAUUCGUUUUUCCCCACAAGUAUGGUGGAGUUUUACAACAACCUGGCCAAAGCAGUGAAAUCGCUAAAAUAGCACUAAUGACACUUUCUAGAGAAUAUACACCUUUAAUCUUAAAUCAGAACAUUUUGAUGAAUAUGAUGCUCCCAGCAUUUAAUCAUGCUUUAGUGGAAAGUGAAAUUGACUUCAAAUGUAUUCUUGAUUCUUCUAGUAGUCCACUUGUGCCCUAAUACACAGACACCAUUUUAUCAGGAGUACUGUUUUGUUUACCACUAAACUCAUAUUCUGAUAGCUAGAGAUUUAAAUGAAACUACUGCACAAAUAUUGAUUCAUUUGCACUGGGUCUGCAAUUCUCACACAUUCCGUUUCUGCCAUAGUUCAUGGGUGAGAACCAGUAAUAUAGCAACUGAAAUAUAUUUUAUUCAAUUAUGGCAUUUUGUACUUUUCAAUAUGGAGACCCAUAUGUUGACUUUAUAUUUUAGACAUCAACUUUUAGAAUUUAAGUCUUAUUAUUGAGAUUUAUUAACUUACUUUGAAAAUUCCAGUUUUAAUUGAUUAAUUGACCUCUUGUUAGAUGCUCAAUCUUGACUAUAUAGGUACAUCACAACCAUUGCUAUAUUUAAAUAGUGAUAUUAAUAGAUCAUUAAGGCUUCGGCAAAUUAAUGUUUCCUGGCAGACUAGUAUAUCUAGAAAUAUUUGAAGAAUUCCAUUUGCUGCUCUACUUUGUUUACAUAUGUGAUUUUAUGUACUGUAUGUUCAAGACUGACAAAAAGGCUAGAACAAUCAUGACAGUUAUGUGAUUGAGCACUGUUAAGAAAAGAUGAUUUAAAAAGAACAGAUAUAACAGAUAUAUAGGAUGUUUGCCAUUAAGAAUUUAAUUGAGAAUGCCUUGUAAAUUUCAAUUCAAUUCCAGAUUUUUCAAUUGAAUAGGUAGCAAACAUGAUGCAGAAUUGCACAUCGAAUUUGAAUUUUAGGAAUUGGAAUUAAAAUGGAAUGAAAUUCAAAAGAAAUUCACAAAACUGCCCUAAGUGUUUUUAAUAAUACAUUCCAUUUUACAGGAUUAAUUACCCAUAAACCUGUAACAUAUAAUAUUUGGGCGAUGUCCAUUAACAUAAUACUAAGAUCAUAUUAAUUAUAAUUUAAUAAUCAACUGUUUGAAAUGUGAUACAUAAAUAUAUAUAUGUGUGUGUGUGUGUGUGUGUGUGUGUGUGUGUGUGUGUGUGUGUGUGUGUGUGUGUGUGUGUGUGUGUGUGUGUGUAUGUAUUUCAUUUAUAUGUAAUUGUUCAUUACAUUUAAUAAAUAGACCUUUCUCUCGGAAUGCUCUAAUUUACCCAGAAGUCUUCAAAUAGAGCAAAACAACAUAAUGCAGGCUUGCAAAAUGAAACCUUAAAGGAAUAUUCUGGGUUCAAUAAAAGUUAAGCUCAAUCGACAGCAUUUGUGGCAUAAUAUUGAUUACCACCAAAAUUAAUUUCAACUCAUCCCUCCUUUUCUUAAAAAAAAUAUAAAAAAAUAAUACAAAUAAAAUCUGGGUUUCAGUGAGGCACUUACAAUGGAAGUGAAUGGGGGCCAAUUUUUUAACAUUAAAAUACUCACUUUUUCAAAAGUAUAGCCACAAGGCAUAAACAAAGUGCAUGUAAACAAUUUGAUUGUGAUAAAAUCACUUACUAACCUUUUCUAUGUAAACUUAUAGCCAGUUUUACAACUUUGUUGCCAUGAUGAUGCAAUGUCAACAAACCCUAAAAUGUCUGUAAAAACAACAUUCAACUUUACUGCUCAAAUAAUACACAAGUUUUAACAAAAGUGCAUUAAUGUAAGUGUUUUUAUAAAAUUAUAAGCCUCAACUUUCUGCUUUUAAACCCUCCAAAAAUGUUCCCAUUCACUUCCAUUGUAGUGCCUCACUGUAACACUAUUUCUGCUGCUUUUUUUUUUUUAAGAAAAUGAGGGACAAGUCAAAAUACAUUUUUGUGGUUAUCAACAUUAUGCCACAAAUGCUUAACCUUUUUGAACCCAGAAUAUUCCUUUAAACAGUUUUUCCAAUAACAGUCUUCCUCUCAAUCCAAUUCUAAUUCCUAUUCAACGUCCUUUUUGGGCAUGGCCAAUUUGUUUCCGAUUCCAACUUGUGACUUGAAUGGUAUCCCAAUCUUAAAUUCUGAAUUGUGCCCAACCUUGGUAUGGGGUGCAUUUAAAGCAUUCCAAAAACCAAAAAGCUUGGAUAAAGUGAAAUUAGUAGAAAUCAAUCCCAUAGUAGGAAAAAUGUAUCCCAUUUUAGCAUUGCCUCUCUGCUUCAGUCUUGUCUUCAGUCUUAAUCACACAUGUACAAAAGGGACUGUGUUAUACUGUGAGUUUAAAAGACUUGACUGACCUCAGCAAAUACAGUGUGUUGUCUGUGCAAUUGCUAAUGUGAUCUUUAUAUUACUGUUUGCCUGUUUUGGGGUCCAGUAGCAUGACUGUACAUAUAUAUGUUUUAAAGCUGAAUUGUGUCAUUUCUGCACCACUCACAUCACAAAAUGAAAUUACAUUAAUAAUCACUGUUUUCAAACGGAUUCCAACAAGCUCUCGUUUUUCUGUUGGUUUUUGAAACAGAUAGUCUCACCCCAAACUCACACCAUUUGUCACUGUGUCAGGCUGGACAUGCUUUAAACAAACAGAGGAAUGUUUUAAUAGCACCACAAAGCCACAGUGUUGUACGUUGAGGUGAAAUGAACCUAUAAAUUGCAUAUUUAUACUUGACUCUGCAUAUUAAGCUGAAAUAUAGAAAAUAAUUAUUACAUUGAAAAAUUACACACAUCAGCUUUAACCUUUUUUAAUGUAUCUUUUCCCUUUAUGAUGUCAGUGAAAUUAGUGUGAACACAUGCCCAUGGCCUGGAGAUGUGUUCUGGGUUUUAUUAUUAUUGUUUGUAGCACUUUACAGUAAGGUUUCAUUUGUUAAAAUUAGUUAACUACAUUAUUACAUUAACUACAAAUUAACUAAAUAUUGAUAGUACUUUUACAGCAUUUAUUAAUAUUAGUUAAUGAUAAUUUUGACACUUAUACUAAUAUUUUUUUAAAUUAUUAUUAAAAGUAGUAUAGGUAAACAUUAGUUAAUACAUUAUGAACGAACAAUGAACAAUUAAUAAAAAAAAAAAUAUUAAAAUAAAUAACAUUAACCAAGAUUAAGAAAUGCUGUAAAAAUAUAUUGUUCAUUGUUAUUUCACAAAUCUAUGUAUGAACUAAUGGUAAUGAAUGGAAACUUAGUGUGUAGUGUUACAAUUAUUUUUAUAAAAAUGAGCCAUAUGCUGUAAUGCAAGAAUUUUUUGAUAUUCAGGAUCUAGUUUUUAUGUUAAUUUUGCAAGAAGUGUUUGCUUGCCUUUGGUAGUAUUGUUGUAUAAAGCAUCCUAAGUACUUGUUAGCUAGGCCAUUCUCUAUUUGACAAAACCACAUUUUAUUAAUUUAUUAAUUAAGUUACAAAUGAGAAUGAGAAUAUGUAGUAAGUCAAUGUGUCAAAUUAGGAUUUUGUUCAAUUAAAUAAUGUACCAUUUAAUCAUGCACAAUAAUACCAGGAACGUGUAAUGAAUUAAAUAGGGUUAAUUCAGAUUUCAAGUUAAACUUUAAACAAGUUUUUGUCUGCUCUUUGUCCAAUGCAGUUUGCGCUGUCUACCUGGCAUUGAUUGCAACUAUGGGUCAAUGUACUGUUUUGUUAAGCGAAAAUAAAAAAAAAA